AUGGCCGCCAACGAAGCCGACCGCCGCAGAUUCAUCGAACAGCCUAAACUCGAGCAUCUCUCCGAAGAAACCCUCCAAAACCCCCCCAAGCAACGCACCGUGCAACAACAAGAAAAACAAGACAACCUCAUCAAAAAGGAACGCCGCGACGUCGGCAUCGACACCGCCCGCUCCCGCUCCUCCUCGCGACGAGAGCGCCGCAAACGCAUCAAGCAGGCCUUCGAGGAGGGGACGUACAUGAAGACAGGUUCUCUGGAGGCGCUCGAGGAAGCCGACGCCAACGGCGACAUGCAAGCGAUGCGGCCGUUUGAGCGAAUCGGCCCGGACAGCACGUCGAUGGAUGGGCCGGUGACGAUGGCGAGGGCGCAGAGGGGCGAGAUUCCCGUACGAGGCUCGAAUCCGAAUCAACCGUACUACAUGACGCCGGAACCGGCGACGGGCGGCUCUGAACUCAAAGACAAAGACGGCCUUAAGCUCUCGCUAGAAGCGAACCUCGACAUUGAAAUCGAACUCAAAGCCAGCAUUCGCGGGGACCUGACCCUGUCGUUAUAUGAAGCAAUGUGA